GAAGCUAGCCGCCAAUCCGUCUAUGUGCUCUGCUGUUUCUACUCUUGGGUAGUCAUUUUGUCCUUACCGGGGCAUUAGUUGUGUUUAAAUUAAAUGAGGUAAAGUAAAGCUUGGUUAAUUCCGACCCAACAAAAUCAACGUCAAAGAAAGAUGUCCGCAUCCUCUCAAUCCCUCUGAACGCUGAUCGGGCAAGAAACAAGAAAGAUUGAACCAGAGAGAUAUUUCGUUUCUUCAACACUAAUUUAUCAAAAUGGACACACCUGCUAGAGGACUCGUACUGUCCCUUGUGCUAAACCAAAACAAAACUGCCAGACAAAAUCAAGAGCAGCAAAAAUGGCCACAACACUCUUUCACUCACCGAAACCACCCCUCGUACAGGCACCACCCGCCACCAGCUACCAACUAACCACACCCUCAAUUCCCAGAGCUCAGACCAUCCCAAAAACCAAUCUUCACUCCAGAUUACCCUCGGCAUCAUUCAGAAACAGCAGCAGCAUCCCGCCAGAAUCAUCAGAAACAGGAGGAGGAUGCCCAGUCCCUCUGGACCAGCAGCCCAUUAAUGAGUACAAGGCGCUCUCCAAUUCCUUCCCAUUUUCGUGGGCCUCGGCUGGCUUUGUUGAGUACAGCUCCCGCCUCUUUGUCGCCGGAGCUGCCUUUGCCGUCCUCGUCGGCCUACCUGUCUCCUGGUUCGGGUCGGUUGGACCAGAGUCCGACCCUAUCAAACGGGUCCUGGCUGGCGUUUCAAGUGGGAUUCUAGUGAUGACUCUUCUGGUUGUGAGGAUGUACUUGGGCUGGGCUUACGUCGGCAAUAGAUUGCUCAGUGCCACUGUUGAAUAUGAAGAGACAGGGUGGUAUGAUGGGCAGAUGUGGGUGAAGACUGCUGAAGUUUUGGCUCGUGACCGGCUUUUGGGCUCAUUUUCAGUCAAGCCCGUGCUGAGUAGAUUAAAAACUCUGGUGACUCUUGCAGUAUCAUUGUUUAUAUGUGUCGUCAUCUUUUUGAACGUGGAGGGUAGCCAAGAUAGGUCUUACAAGACUUCUGAGGAAGCUGGUGGUAGAGCUGUACCUGGAGUCUACAAUGAUGAGUCUGCUAGAACCUUUGAGCCUGAUGCAUUUUGUGGCGAACCUGCUAUUAACUAUCUUAAAAACUGUCAGCUUUUGUAA